UGCAAACAAACAGGAACCGUUUGGCAGCUUAAUGCUUCAAGAUCUAUUAUUUGUUACUUCUUCCAAUUUAUCUGUAACUUGUACUCCCCUGCCCCUUUUAAGAAUACUUAUUUACUUAUUAUUUUAUUUGCAGUAAUUUCAGCUCCUUCUGAUGUCAAAAAACAUGAGCAGAAAGAUGAUAACCUUCCAGUUGACAUCAAAUUGCCUGUUAAGCAUCUGUAUUUUGACAAAGUGGCCGAGCUUACUUUGAGUGAGUCUGAAUCAGUUCUCUUUAAAGAGGCAUUAGUAAGUUUGGCUACUGAUUCAGGACUUCAUCCACUAGUUCCUUAUUUCACAUGCUUUAUAGCUGAUGAGGUUUCCUGUGGUUUGAAUAAUUAUCCUCUUCUAUUUGCCUUGAUGCGAGUUGUUAGUAGCCUUCUGCAAAACCCUCACAUCCAUAUUGAACCAUAUCUACACCAGUUGAUGCCAUCUGUUGUGACCUGCCUUGUUGCUAAAAGGUUGGGCAGUAGGUUGGCAGACAACCACUGGGAACUUAGAGACUUUACGGCUAAUCUGGUUGCCUCAAUAUGCAAAAGGUUUGGACAUGUUUACAGUAAUCUCCAGUCUCGGUUGACAAAAACAUUGCUGAAUGCAUUCUUGGAUCCCAAGAAGGCAUUGACGCAACACUAUGGUGCAAUUCAGGGGUUAGGAGCACUGGGUCCCAACGUGGUUCGCCUUCUUUUGCUGCCGAACCUUGAAACAUAUAUGCGACUUCUUGAACCAGAGAUGCUUCUUGAGAUGCAGAAAAAUGAAAUGAAAAGGCAUGAAGCUUGGCGGGUUUAUGGAGCCUUGCUGCGUGCUGCAGGUCAGUGUAUAUAUGAUCGACUAAAGAUUUUCCCAACUUUUCCAUCUCCUCCCCUUCAUGCUGUCUGGAAGACCAAUGCAAAAGUUCUUACUUCAACUCAUAAACGCAAGGCAAGCCCUGAGCAAUUGGAACAGCAGCCACCUUUGAAAAAAGCUGCUACGGAUGGUGAGAUUGGUGUGGACCUAAUGAAUCACGAGCAAGAGGAGGCAGGGACUCAAGCUUCUUCAGCCGAUUCAAUAAUUGGCUCAUCAUCAUCUAACACACAGAUGAAAAAUGAGACUACUUUAGAUAGAGAAGUUAGAAGUAACAGGGGUGAUACUCAGGCAUUGAAGACAUCUGCUGCUCUCACCCAGGUUUGGAAGGACGAGCUUAACUCAGGACGUACCCUGGUAUCACUGUUUGAGUUGUUUGGUGAAGGAAUUCUCUCCUUCAUUCAGGCUCCUGAGAUGUAUAUGUUCUUGUAACUUAGGGAGUAUCAUAGUAAUUUGAUGGAUAGAACUUGGAUAACCCAUAGACCAUUAUUUCGAAAACAAACUAAAAUUCCUCCAUGGUAUGCCAAGUUCAUAUUGAUGUUUUUGAUGUUGGUGGUGGGAUGUUGCUUAUCGGGUUGAGUGACGGGAAAUGUUAUGUUUGCGUAGCAUGUUAAAAUCCU